AGUGAAAAUUAGAAGCUGUUCCUUUGGGCUUGCAGGCUCGGCAUUGCGCAUAGCUUUGCUUUAUGCUCGGUGAAGUCCUGUUGAAAGGGGCCAACAAGUGCUGGCAAACAAGUGACUAUUGUGUCUUAAAACUCUGCUUUUGAAACAUCAAAGAUGGAUUAUCCCAAAAUGGAUUAUUUUCUGGAUGUCGAGCCUGCUCACAGAUUCUUGGAUGUUGAGUCGGCUCACAGACUCUUGGAUGUCGAGUCGGCUCAAAGAUUCUUCUACAGUCAAGGAGCUCAAGCUCGCCGGGCGACCCUGCUCCUGCCUCCCACCUUAAUGGCGGCAUCUUCGGAGGAUGAUAUAGACCGGCGGCCCAUCAGGAGAGUCCGCUCCAAGAGUGACACGCCGUACCUCGCGGAGGCCAGGAUUUCCUUUAACCUGGGGGCAGCUGAGGAAGUGGAGAGGCUGGCGGCAAUGCGUUCUGACUCCCUCGUCCCAGGUACCCAUACCCCACCCAUCCGGAGGAGAAGUAAGUUUGCCAACCUGGGAAGGAUUUUCAAGCCUUGGAAAUGGAGGAAGAAGAAAAGCGAAAAGUUCAAGCACACAUCUGCAGCGCUGGAAAGGAAAAUAUCCAUGAGGCAAAGCAGAGAGGAGCUGAUAAAACGAGGAGUCUUGAAGGAAAUUUAUGACAAAGAUGGGGAGCUCUCCAUAUCCAAUGAGGAGGACUCCCUGGAAAACGGACAGUCCCUGAGCGCCAGCCAGCUGUCCCUGCCCGCCCUGUCCGAAAUGGAGCCGGUCCCGAUGCCCAGAGACCCCUGCUCAUACGAGGUGCUCCAACCUUCAGACAUCAUGGAUGGGACAGUGUCUGAAGAGAGUCCCUCUGCCAGUGAGUCUGGAGUCCUCCUGUCCCAAGAUCCUUCAGCCAAACCAGUCCUGCUACUGCCCCCCAAAAAACCUGCUGCUUUCUCUGGAGACCAUGAGGAGACCCCAGUGAAGCAGCUGUCCCUCCUCAAGCAGCCCCCCGCCCUGCCUCCCAAACCCACAGCCAGGAUUGCCAACCACUUGACAGAUCCUGGAGCCCCUGUGAAAUUGCCUUGUCUGCCAGUGAAACUGUCACCUCCGCUACCUCCAAAGAAAGUCAUGAUCUGUAUGCCUGUAGGAGGGCCAGACCUCUCGCUGGCAUCCUACGCAGCCCAGAAGAGCGGCCAGCAGGGUGGGGCCCAGCACCACCACACGGUCCUGCCGUCCCAGAUCCAGCACCAGCUGCAGUAUGGCAGCCUUGGCCAGCACCACCCCUCCGCCAGCGGCUCCCUCCCCAUGCACCCCUCCAGCUGCAGGAUGAUAGACGAGCUGAAUAAGACGCUGGCUAUGACCAUGCAGAGGCUGGAAAGCUCUGAGCAGCGGGUCCCCUGCCCCACUUCUUACCACAGCUCCAGUUUGCACUCUGGUGACGGUAUCACAAAAGCAGGACCUCUGGGCCUUCCAGAAAUAAGACAAGUGCCAACUGUUGUGAUUGAAUGUGAUGACAAUAAAGAAAAUGUGCCUCAUGAAUCAGACUACGAAGACUCUUCCUGUCUCUACACCAGGGAAGAGGAGGAGGAGGAGGAAGACGAGGAUGACGACAGCUCAUUGUACACCAGCUCCCUGGCCAUGAAGGUGUGCCGGAAGGACUCCUUAGCCAUCAAACUCAGCAACAGGCCCUCCAAGCGAGAGCUAGAAGAAAAGAACAUCCUUCCCAGGCAGACGGACGAAGAGAGGCUGGAGCUGAGGCAGCAGAUCGGCACCAAGCUCACCAGGCGGCUGAGCCAGAGGCCCACUGCAGAGGAGUUGGAGCAAAGGAACAUUUUGAAACCUCGGAACGAACAAGAGGAACAAGAGGAGAAAAGAGAGAUCAAGAGGAGGCUAACUCGAAAGCUUAGCCAGAGGCCCACCGUGGAAGAACUUCGGGAAAGGAAGAUCCUCAUCCGCUUCAGCGACUACGUGGAGGUGGCUGACGCCCAGGACUAUGACCGCAGGGCGGACAAGCCGUGGACCCGCCUCACCGCUGCCGACAAAGCUGCCAUCCGGAAGGAGCUGAAUGAAUUUAAAAGCACUGAGAUGGAAGUUCAUGAGCUGAGUAGACAUCUAACAAGGUUUCACCGACCUUAACAGUCAAAUUCCUCUUGAGUGCUAUGCUGUCUUCAAAACAUAAAUUUAUAAGAACCAUAAGUGCUGGUAUUUAUUCACGUCCCAUCACGAUGUAAAUCUUCUGAACUGCCUUUUUUAAAAGAAGGAGAAGGAGAAGGAAAGGAAACACAAUCAGAUUCUGUUUGAGAAACGCGAUGGUCACCGCUUCGUGGUCAGAGCUGCUGGCACCACCACGGAUCCUGAACCGUGCCCGUCCCCGGCAGGCCGAGAGCACCUGCGGCCUCACGGAGGACUUCCAGCCCCGGUCCUCACUUAGGCUCCAGCGACCUUUCUUCAAAAGUACCUGUCACCUAAGUCCAAAGAAAGCUGAGGCACUGGGCUUGGCCUGGGAAUGACUUUGAGAAGCAAAUCAUCUGUUUGGCCGAUUAGGCUUGGCUUCUGGUUUGGGGUCCCCUCAGGAGGAGGGUGCUGAGAGGGAGCACUGUCUCAGCUGCCCUGUCCUCUCCCUCCAGCCCUCCUCCUUUCAGUGAACAAAAGGGAAGAGCCCUUGUCUGGGGGAGUCUGGGUGACUUUCACACCCAUCCUGUCCCUCAGGCGGCGGGCUUCACCUUCUCUGCCUGCCCCUGGGCUGGUGACCCUGUGACUCGGAAAGUAAUGGCUCCCGAGUACAGGCCCCCACACAUGUAGGCCAGAAACCAUUCCUGAAGGACUGGUCUUCCGGCCACUGAUGGACUGGUACUCUAGAUCCACGUGAUGGCCUUCCAGUCUCCUUUCUUUGCACUGAGGGGUUUCUGUGGGUUUGGCAUCGGCCAGAAUUGGGCAGCAGGCAGCCAUGCCUGCCUUGUGCUGUACUUCCCUGUUCAUGUUUCUCCAGGGGGAACCCUUCCUCCCUCGUGAUGCUGGCAAGGGUGAUUGGAGAUGCAUCUCUAACUGCCCCCCUCACCUGGGACCACAGGAAGCAGUGCUCUGUUGACCGAGAGACCCCGAGGGUAGCACAUGCAGUGAGAGGAAGGACGACCCCCAAACCCUGAGAGUUUGACUUCUCUUUUGUGAGGCCCAGUGCAGCCCCUUUUUCCUCCUGACAGAGCUCGUAGGGCCCCCAUCUCGAAGCUCUGCCUGGCCUCCCACAGUCACUGUGGUCUCAGUUACCACAGUCUUUCCAGGUGACGGUCCCCUCUCCACCACACGUGCCCAGGAGUUAGAAGGAUGCCAGCUUGGCCUUCACAGCAAAGAGCUAACCAGUCCCCACCCCGACCUGACCUGACCUGCGUGGGAAGGGAGUUACUGCUGGGAUGUGCGCCCACCAGGGAGACCGUUUACCUUCUGCAGGCAUCCGCAGCGCCUGCGGCCAGCACCACCCGGGGCUGCGCGUGUGCGGGGGGCGCGGGCAGUGCUUCAAGCAGUGCCCACCAGCCGCUCAAGGCUGUCCUGUGCUUUCCUCACAGCACCUGGAACAUGCCCCUGCCCAUCGCUAGAUCCUUUUUUCUUGGCUGAAUUUUAAUAGUUCUUGAUGUGGGUAGACGUAUUGUUCAGGGGAAAUGUGUGGUUGUCAGCACUAUCUUCCCAAAAGGCUUCCUGAUGUCUGAAUGUGCAGAUGGUAUGACGAAAGAUGUAGGGCUCUUUCGUUUGACUUCUCUGCAGCAGGCACAUGUUCUGGGCGGAGCUGCCUGCCUUGCCCAGAGCUGAGUCUGAGCUUCCUCUAACGGGCUGCUGUGCUUCAGGCAGGAUGGACAGGCCUUCCCCUGGCCCAGGAGCGAGUCCUAGGGGAACUCAUUCCAUGACCUGGACUCCUCCCACCAAGGCCAGCGGCUUCUCUGCUGGCCUUGCUUCUUGGGUCUUUCUGAUUCCCUGGGGACAUGAGGCCCAAAUCAAUUUCCCUGCAGCCCACCUGCCAGCCAGUAGUCCAGGUUUCUCCCCAAGUGCUCUACUGGGCAGUCCACUGUGCACGGAAGGAGUCGAACACGUCCCCCUUCUCCUCCUACAGAGCACUGUCUUCCAUGUGCAGGACUUAGGGUUGCACCUUCCAUGCCAGUGACAGCACCCACCCCAGAUGUGGGUGGUUUCAAACCCACUGUGUGGCUCAGCAACCUCCGUGGACCACAGCAUGGCCCUCUGCUGUCCUUUUCCCUUCUUGAUAUCUUGAGGAAAUCUGUAGAAAUCCGUCCAAAUUUCUUUUUUGCCACAUUGUUCUGACAGUUGGAAAAUGUGUGUUAAUUCCCAAGAUGACAAAUCGACAUUAACUAGAAGUGGGGGGUCAGAGAGAUGGCCUCGCUGGUUUACAAUGCUUUCUUUGUCUGAAAACGCUGCUGUUUUCAAAUAAAGGUUUAGUUUGUGUGUAUAAAUUUCCAAUUGGGCCUCUUAUCAUGAAAGGGAAAGUGUGAAACUCCUCAAAUCAAAAUGUUUCCUUCUGAAAAGGAGACCUUGCCCCAACCUCCCCCGCCCGUCUACGACAGAACAGUGCCAUCGACCGGCCUGCGUGCUCUUUCGAGAUUGCUGUGUUCCUCCCAAAGGCCCUCAAAGCCCUGGAAAAAGUUUAAAACUUUAGCCUUUAUGUCAGAUUAGAGAAACCAAACAGUGUGACGGUAGUUGUGGUGAGAACCUCUGAGUUUCUUUUUCUCCCCCUUCCGAACGUGUAUAUUUGCUGAAUGAAAAUCGUGGUGUGUGCUCGACGAGUGGAUGCCCGCUCUCCCUGUGCACAGCCAGUGUGCGAAGGUCACCUUAAGUGAAAUGGCUUUUUCUUCCCAUUUGUCUGUUAAUCCCCAAACCGGUUGCUUUUUCCAGUUGCUCCCCGGGUGUCUGUACAUAGUUUGUCUUUGUAUAGGAGCGCGCGCUCAUGUUCUAAUGCAACAGAUGACGGCUGUAUGAGGAAGACGAUGUAAAUAGAAUACAAGUUAAACUGGA